AGAGGAUGAAGCUCCAUAUAUAUAAAGCGUAAAGCACUAUCCUUCGUCUUCACCCAGAGCUAUAAACCCUAGCCAGCUACCAAGCUACGCCGAGAAGCUCCAGUGCCGAAAGAAACCGCAUUAUUAUCUAGCAAUGGCUGUUGCAUUUUACAACCUCAGCUCCGUGGCUGGUCUCAAGAAGCUCGAUGAGUACCUCUUAACUCGUAGUUACAUCACUGGGUACCAAGCUUCAAAGGAUGAUCUGACUGUGCAUGCAGCUCUGUCAAAGCCUCCAUCAUCUGAAUAUGUGAAUGUUUCUCGGUGGUACAACCACAUUGAGGCACUUCUGAGGCUUUCUGGGGUUUCUGCGGAAGGUUGUGGUGUCACUGUUGAGGCAUCUGCUCCCAUUACUGAGGAGGCAGUUGCUACUCCACCUGCUGUUGACACUAAGGCCUCAGCUGCUGAGGAUGAUGACGAUGAUGAUGUGGAUCUGUUCGGCGAGGAGACUGAAGAGGAAAAGAAGGCCGCUGAAGAACGUGCAGCUGCCGUGAAGGCAUCUGGAAAGAAGAAAGAGUCUGGAAAGUCGUCAGUCCUGAUGGAUGUGAAGCCAUGGGAUGACGAGACGGACAUGAAGAAGCUUGAGGAAGCAGUUAGAAGUAUCAAAAUGGAAGGAUUGUUUUGGGGAGCAUCCAAACUUGUUCCUGUUGGAUAUGGUAUCAAGAAAUUGCAGAUUAUGCUCAGCAUUGUGGAUGACUUGGUGUCUGUUGACGAUCUUAUUGAGGAUCAUCUCACGUCUGAACCAGUGAACGAGUAUGUUCAGAGCUGUGACAUUGUGGCCUUCAACAAAAUAUAAAUUUGCCAGUUCGCAUGACUUGGUGGGAAUGUCUGCGCAGAAUAUUUUGGAAGCAACGAGUUCUGCUGUUUUAAUUUUGUUAUAUCUCAUUUUAUUAAUAUAGGAUUCCUAUUUUUGUCAUAGAGGAUUAUAAUUCUCGUGAAGUCAAUGGUAUCUAAGUGAUUGUGGCAUGAUGCUUCUUUUCGUACUCCAGAUAUAAUUGCAGUGAGGAACUAAACUAGAUUGUUGCAGUUUGAGAUUGGUUUUUGGUGUUCUGAUUUCUUCCCUGUUUAAUUUGGUUUGUGGAUGUGUUACAUGGCAUGCUGCAUGGUUGCUGUUGGGCUGAACUUGAUUAUUAUGCCCGCAGCUGUCAAUUUGUUUUAGCCGCACCGUUUCUGGGUUUUACGACUUUGAUUUAAAGUCUGCCCAACUCCUUGUUGCUGUUGUAUGUGAUCUAGAGUUGACCAACUUGUCAGGUAGCUCUUAUUGGAAGACUCUAGCAGUUAUUACUUAUAGACGUAAAGUU